AUGCUUGUAGGCAUCCCUUGGCCAAGCAAGCGCGUGCUUAUGUGCCCUGGCGGAGCUUUACGAAACUCGGGUCUCCAAGUUCCGCCAGGGCCUCGAGGAGCCUGGCCGUUUUUGCCGCACACUGCUGGCAUUGUUAUCGGCGAGGAUUACACACAUGAGCCAAGGCCGCAGCGGCAUGUUGCACUGUUCCCGCCAGAACGCCAUCGUCCAGAAAGUGCACAGCCAUGUCCAGCGGUCAGCCUGCAGCUCGGAGGCGACAGGUUGCAAGGCAGCCGCAAAAAGCAAAAGGCCCAGACCUUUUGCGUGGCUGGAAAAAGCGUGACCAAGGCUCUCGAGUUAGGGGAGGGCUGCGGAUGGCGGUCGAGGAGGGACGCUGGCCCCGAAGUGUGGAGGGGGGACCGGCCCUCGCACGAGCGGGGCAUCGUUGUGUUGAGCUCCCCUGUAGGCCACACGGAUUUCGUGCAUGCCUGGACGGCGCACCGGCUGCUCGAAGAGCAAGAGGGUCCGCCCAAACGAGCCGGCAGCAACGCGAGACGGCGCACCGCAGCGAGCCCGGGGUCCGCAUCAUCGACCUCUUCGCCCAGCAGCGCGAGCAGGCAUCGCCAGACAGCAUCGCCGUGGCCUCGCUCGCGCAUAGCUGGCAGAGAGGUCAGGCGGAAGAGCGCAGGAUGUGGUCAGUGGUAA